AUGUGUGACCUAAUGUCUGCGCCUGUUGACCGGCCUAUUAAACUCGGUUAUGAAAUGGAGUCUUCUGAGGAUGAAAAGAAGAAAAGGGUUGGGUCUAUUAAGAAGGUGGCAUUGAGUGCCUCAAAUAAGUUCAAGAAAUCCUUCUCCAAGAAGGGAAGGAAGCAUAGCAGGGUUAUGUCUAUCUCUAUUGAAGAUAAUCUUGAUGCAGAAGAGUUAACCAUUGUUGACGCUUUUCGCCAAACACUCAUCUUGGAAGAGCUCUUACCUUCAAAGCAUGAUGAUCCUCAUAUGAUGCUAAGAUUUUUGAGGGCAAGAAAGUAUGACAUAGAGAAAACAAAACAAAUGUGGUCAGAUAUGCUUAAGUGGAAAAAGGAGUUUGGUGCUGACACAAUCAUGGAGGAUUUUGAAUUCAAGGAGCUUGAUGAAGUUCUGAAAUACUAUCCACAAGGGCAUCAUGGAGUUGAUAAAGAUGGAAGACCUGUUUACAUUGAAAGAUUGGGUCAGGUUGAUUGUAGCAAGCUGUUGCAAGUAACAUCGGUCGAACGUUAUCUUAAGUACCAUGUUAGAGAGUUUGAGAGGACUUUUGCUAUUAAGUUGCCUGCAUGUUCAAUUGCAGCAAAGAAGCACAUUGAUCAAAGCACAACUAUCUUGGAUGUGCAAGGAGUGGGUCUUAAAAGUAUGAACAAAGCUGCAAGGGAUCUCCUCCAAAGGCUUCAGAAGAUUGACGGUGACAACUAUCCUGAGUCGUUGAAUCGUAUGUUCAUCAUCAAUGCUGGUUCUGGAUUUAGGCUCUUGUGGAACACUGUUAAGUCAUUCCUUGAUCCUAAGACCACCGCAAAAAUCCAUGUGCUAGGUAACAAAUACCAGAGCAAGUUGCUAGAAAUCAUUGAUGCCAGUGAACUUCCAGAGUUCUUGGGAGGCACCUGUACUUGUGCAGAUAAAGGUGGAUGCAUGCUAUCAGACAAGGGUCCAUGGAAUGAUCCAGAGAUCUUGAAGCUGGCUCAAAAUGGUGCUGGAAAAUGCACAAGAAAAGCCUUAUCCGGAAUCGAGGAGAAAACAAUCAAACAAGAGGAAACUGCAUACCAGAAGGGAUUCAAAGAAGCAUAUCCAGAGACACAUGAUGUUCAUUGUUUAUCCGUGGAUACACCCAAAUCCUAUGCUGUUGCAAAAAAAUGCGGUGUUUAUCAGUAUGAUUCCUUUGUUCCAGUCCUUGACAAAGGAGUUGAUUCAUCAUGGAAGGAAACAAUGCAAAAUGAUAAAUAUGCAAUUUCUAAAGAUUGUUUCCCCAACAAUAAUGGAACCGAUUCUGGUAAACUUAGCAGUCAAUUUGUUGGUGGAAUAAUGGCACUUGUUAUGGGAAUCAUAACCAUGAUUCGCUUGACAAGUAGCAUGCCAAGGAAAAUCACAGAAGCAGCACUUUAUGGUGGCAAUUCAGUGUAUUAUGAUGGCAAUAUGUUGAAAGCACCUGCCAUUUCAAGCAAUGACUAUAUGGCCGUAAUGAAACGCAUGGCUGAACUUGAAGAGAAAGUUGCUGCUCUCUCUGCUAGACCUGUUAUGCCUCCAGAAAAAGAAGAAAUGCUUAACAAUGCUCUAAUCAGGGUCACUAGUCUUGAACAAGUCUUGGGUGCAACCAAAAAGGCACUAGAUGAUGCUCUUGCUAAACAAGAUGGUCUUCAAGCUCAAAUUGACAAGAAAAAAAAGAAGAAGAAGUUGUUCUGCUUCCACUAG